ACUGAAAAAAAUUAAAGAAAUAAAAAACAAAUUACGGAAAUUGCCGAAAAAUACUUUCACUUCUCAUGUACGGUUAUCAAAAGGUUGCCAAACGAAGAAGUAACUGUUGAGAGGAAGCAUUUAACGUUAAACUAAAAAUAACAUCAACAACGAAAUAAAAUCAAAAAGCAAACGUGGUAAGGUGUGACUUUGCAGCAGUUGCAAAGACCUAUUUACGGUAAUUAAGUUUGGGCGGGUAUAUAGAAGCUUAUGUCGUCUGAGCUCCCUGUUACUAUGACAUCUACUGCUGCAAAAUCAUUGAAAAUGAGUCCCACUAAAUCAGAAACAACUCAGAAAUCUAGUGGCAUUGGAACUAAGAUGGAAUCGUUGUUGAAAGAAGUUUACCGAAUGCACAAGGAAGUUGUUAGAUCAUCCAGCAAAGUAUGGAAAGAUAAGUUUGUUAAGAUGAAGAGAAUAAAAAACAAAAUUUCAGAAUCAAGGAAAUCCCUCCAAAAGGAAAUUGCUGCAUUAGAAGAGAAGAAUAAAUCAUUAAAAGAAGCCCAGAAAUCUUACUUAAAACUCAAUGGAACUUGUAAGAACUGUGAAUAUCUUCAACUUAAAUUAACUACCUUCAGGAACUCCUUUCAAAAGAUCUUUGAAGAAAAACAUGAAUUAAUACAACACUUGAAUAACCAAUUGGCUGCAACUUGUAGGGACCAGUCUUUUGACAGUUCUUCUACUAAGCAGGGCCUUGAAGAUGAAAAACGUAAUUGUUUAAAGUUGAAAUCCUUACAGAGGAAGGUUGUCAGUUCACAGGAAGAGGGUAACAAAUUUUUGCAAGCUGUCGACAGCAACUGCAGUAACCAGGAAUAUGGCAAAAACUUUGUUCUAGACUCAGAUGUUCAAACUGUUGGAAAAGUUUCCUUAUCCCCAGAGGAGACUCUGUGUUCUGAAAGUUUCUUAUUUUCUGACUGUAGUUAUGGAUCAGGUUGUGAUGCUACUGACAAUAAAAAUACAGAUUUAGAUGGUCAGAUGUUAUACACUUGUGCAUAUUCAAAUUCAGUAAAAAACACUGAAAACAUUAAUAAUCUUUGUCAAACUAAUUUGGAAGAAGAUGGCUUAGAGCUUAGUCCCAAACAGGAGGUUACAAGACCAGUUUCUUUAGCAUUUACCUCAAAUAAAAAACUAGUUUCUUCUAAGACUCCAGAUAUGUCAUCUUUUCUAAUAGCUUCUCCAAUAAUUGAUGGUCCUAAGAACAUUGAAGAGAAUCAAACAGAAGCUGAUUUAUCAACAAACUCUCCAAAACCUAAAAAGAGAAGAACUGUGAGAAAUCUGUCUCCAUUUCAGAUAGUCAGUCAAAAUGCUCUGAAGGUCAGUACAUCUAAAAGUCAGUCUUGUAGAUUAAUGAAAGAAAGUAAAAGGAAACAAAAAAUUUAUGUGAAAGAAAAUUGUCUUCCAAAUCCCUUUUCUCCAGUAGAUCCUGAUAAAACAGUACCACCAGAAAAUUGGAACACUACAACUGUUAUGCAACCUUCUGAAAUGAAUGAUGUGUUAACAGAAGGUUCCUCAGAACAUGCUGGUGUUAAAAAUAGGUCAAGAAAUAAUGGAAUUAGGGUUGUUAAGGAACUUGUAACUGAUUCCUUGCAUAAUGGUAGUUUAGCUCCAAGCAUGUGUAUGACAGAAUUUCUUUUGGAGAAUGAUGAACCAACCAAUAAUAAACCAGAAAUUGCAUCUAAGAAAUUUGGUCCCACAAAAACAAGACACAUUGAAGAACCUUUGAUUAUAGUUCCAAGUGAUAGCUAUAAGUUUGAGGAUGGUAAACCAGAAGAAGUGCUAAUCAGAGAUAAAAAUCAUGUUUCUGAGGAAAGCAACACCCAAGAUAAUGAUUGUUCCAUAACUGAUAGCUUUGACAGGUGUCCUUGGAAGAAGAAAGACUAUCCCUAUGCCUAUGAUACUGUGGUUCGUAAGAAGCAUGACAGAAGACUGUUAAAUGGAUAUACAUGUCAAGAAUGUGUUGAAUAUUACAAAACAAAAGGUCUCUCUGCUGAGGAAAUUAGCAAACAGAUUGGAGAUUGUUCAAAACACCGAGCAAAAUACAAACCUCCCAACACACCAGAACAUUUUUGGUCUGUUGGAUUUCCUGAUACAGAAGAAUGUGAAAAAAGAGGGUACUUUACAACAGAAAGCAAACCAUCUAAAGGCAAAAACCAUAAAAAAGAAACAGAUGUCAAGGAAAAGAAUGAUGAAUACAGAAUGACACAACUGUUGAAUUAUUUAGAUUCGUCUGGAAGUGAAGAAGAUGAUUAAAACACUUUUCACCAUUCCACUUGGAGAGAUUUUAUAUAUAUAUAUAUAUAUAUAUACAUACAUACACACAUAUACAUACAUACAUGUGUACACACACACAUGUACAUAUAUCAGUAGGUGCAUGUAUGUGAAUGCAGAAUAGGAAUUUCAUAAUUUUCACAAUGUCUCUGUAUGUUCGUGUGUGUGUGUGUAAUGGUUAAAUGACUUUUAUCAUAUAAUUGUGUAUGAGUGAGUGACUUCAUCCCCCCCCCCCCAUGUGUACUGGUUUUUAAACAAUAGCUUCUUGCUAGAUAGGCUGAGAGUUUAUUAUCUCACUUUCAGCUUCCUCUCAUCUGACCACUCCAAGCAUGUAUAAUUCCCUACUGUAAAUAGCAGCAAUGUUGUUGAAUUAAUAAAGGAUUCUGUGCAGAAUUCAAUUUCUUUUGUGUCAAAGCUAUAUAUGGAAAAUAUUUCUCUCUCAUCUGUUUAAUGCUGCUGAAAGCAGCGAUAAAUAUGAACCUUAUUAGCUAACAUUCAGCUUAACACAGCGAAACUAUGUUCUAUUACUGAAGUAGUGGCCAUCAUUAUAAAAUUUACAAGUUGU